CGGUAGUCAUGGCGCCUCUCUUUGGCGCAUCAUAUUAGCCGUGAAAACAACUAACAAAUUUAGAUGUUUAAUCUUGUGUUAUUUUUUUCUCUUUUGACCUGAAAGGAGACGUGUAUUAAGUGAUGAAGCGAGGCCGGACGGAGCAGAUCCAGCACGCAGUGUCCCAGUACCUCAAGAGACGGCAGUAUGCGGACGUGGACGGUUCACUGAAGGGGGUCAAGCUGUCUCAAUCUGCCGAGGAGAUGGCAGCCAACCUCAUGGUUCAGACAGAGUCCAGCUGUGGGAACGUGGUUUCUGCUGCUCCGUGCCAGUUGGACCCUCAGCAGUACGAGACUCAGUUCUCCAGGUUACGGAGCUUCCUGCUGGAUGCGGAGGUGCCGUUGGCGCGUGAGGUGAGCGCCGUACUCUUCCCUCUGUUCCUCUACCUGCACCUGGACAUGGCACGCUGCGGCCUGAAGGGCGCCGUCGACUACUUCUUCAGCCGCUUCCACUCCUUCUUCCAGCAGGACGCCGAGCAGAGGGCCGUCAUCGAGCAUCUCCGGGGAGUUGUCUCGCCUCAGGACGUGGCCUCCAACUCCAAACUGUGCUCUCUGUUGGAGCACAAGUACGUGGUUCACCUGACAGACGAGGCAUACAUGUACCUGCUGCGGUACCUCCAGAGUGAAGACAACAGCGCCCUCUGCAGGGUGCUCAGCACACACCUACAGGUGGAGGUUUCUGCUGCGCGUCGCUCGGACUACCAGCUCUACGGGGGGGCGAGUCUCGCUACAGGAAACUCCACCUCCACGUCCUGUUCCAGCAGCUGGUUGGGCAUGGACGGCACGGACAGGGCAGAGUCCGUGGACGUUGCUGCAGGGUUACCGCCUCAAAACGAGGCUGCCCUGGAGGCGCUUCAGGACUGUAUCCGGCGUGUGCGUGAGGGUCCUCCGUCCCUCACCACGGUCGGCUUUUACGCCUUCGAGAACACGGAGCAGCUGCUGAACGCCGCCGAGGUGUCGCCUGACAGCCGCCUGCUCGCCGCCGCCUUCGACAACUCCGCGCUCAAGCUGUGGAGCCUCCGAGCCAGGAAGCUGAAGGCGGGGCCCUGUAGAGCCAACGUGUCCAGGAUACGCCUCGCCUGUGACCUGGUGGAGGAGGAGACGGAGGAGGAGGAGCUGGGCAGCGAGAUGAAGACGCUGCGCGGUCACAGUGGCCCGGUGUAUGGCGCGGCGUUCUUACACGACUCCUCCGGUCUGCUGUCGUGCUCGGAGGAUUGCACCGUGCGCUAUUGGGAGCUGCGCGGUUUCAGCAACGCUGCCGUGUACCGAGGCCACGCCUACCCUGUAUGGGACAUCGCGGUGAGCCCGUGCGGUCUCUACUUCUGUACAGCGUCACGUGACACCACGGCACGUCUCUGGACUCCGGCGCGCGCUCACCCGCUCCGACUCUACGCCGGACACCUCGCCGACGUCGACUGCGUGCGCUUCCACCCGAACUCGAGCUACGUCGCCACGGGCUCGACCGACAGGACGGUCCGGCUGUGGAGCACGCAACACGGCGGCUCGGUGCGUCUACUAACAGGACACCGGGGACCCGUACUGGCCCUCGCUUUCUCACCCGAUGGCAGGUACCUGGUGUCUGCAGGCGAGGACCAGCGGUUGCGGUUGUGGGACUUGGCGGCAGGGGGCGUCCUGAAGGAGCUGCGUGGACACACGGGUGCCGUCACCAGCCUCGCGUUCAGCCCGGACAGCUCUCUCAUCGCCUCGGCCGCCCUGGAUAACUCGGUACGCGUCUGGGACGUGAGGAACGCCCACGGAAGCGGGGCUGCGCCAGCGGACGGCUCCAGCUCGGAACUCGUCGGAGUUUACACGGGCGAGACGAGCAGCGUCCUAAAUGUCCAGUUCACCGCCUGCAACCUGCUGCUGGUCACCGGCACGGCGCAGGAGAAACAGGAGCAGUGAAGGCGUGUGUGAGACUCGUGUUGUAUCUGUGGACAGAGUGAAUCUGAUUCUCCAUCGACACCCUGAUGCACUAAAAUCCGCCCACUACGUCUAACGGCAGUGUUUAUUUUGUGUUUUGUUUUUUAAGUGAACUGAUUUGAGUUUAUAUCAACCAAGCAGCUAUUUCUAAAUUGUCAUACAAAGCUCUGAAUUUCACAAGACGAUGGUGUGUUUAUGUCUCGGUGUCUGUUAGUGUUUUUGUUUAAAAUUUUUAUAUCUAUUUUUUUGUAUCAAUGUACAGGGCUUAGUGGUUUCGCGUUUAAGAAAAUGAAAAUGUUUGUUUGUUUUUUUUUAUUUUAUAAGUUUGUUAUUAGGGCAUGUUUUUGUAACACCUGCUACGAGGUGAGAUUUUUUUUUUUUUUUUGUUCAUGACUGCACAUCUCAGAAUGAAGAAUAAACUCUGAGGUAAAGGUGAAGCGUUUAAGUAUGUUCGUGUAUGAGUCAUAUAUUUGCCUUUUUAAAUUUUUUUUCUUCCAUCUUGCUCCAUCAUGAACGUGCACAUGGUCGGUCACAAAUCAUGGGUUUGAUUCCCACCUAGGGGUUUGUGUGCAUUGAGUUUGCCUCUUCUCCCUGUGCUUGGUGGGUUUCCUCCCACAGUCCAAAGACAUGCAGAUUAGGCACAUCGUAGUGUGUGUAUGUGUGUCCUGCGUAGAAUUAACACCCCAUCCAUGGUGUAAUUCUCCUGGGGUAGGCUCCAGGCGCUGUACAAGAAUAAGCGGUAUAGAAGAUGAACAAAUUCAUUUGUAAUGUUCUUAAGCGCCCUCUGUUGUACAUGAGGUGAAUUGCAAUGCAAACUGAACAUCUUCGCUUUAUGUUCACCUUUUAAUGCAAAUCCACCGAACACUUCUUUCUCACU